UAUAGUAAGCUGCUUCUUUUGACUCUUAAUCAUAUUUUCUAUUGUAGAAAGCAUUGUUUCAAAAUCAAUAGAAUCAGCAGCUAAAUAAGUUUCAGUUGAUAAACCUAAUUACCAAUUUUGUUUCUAAUCUAUUUCUUAUACGAGAUAGAUUGAAGUCAGACUUUCAGAUUGAAAUAGAGUCGAUACUCCAGAAAUUUAAAACCUAAAAUUCACGGUAAAUCUGAAUAAAUCGGACAUCAAAAUUUCAGUAAAUAAUCUGAUAAAUACACAAUUAUAAAGUACAUAAAAACCAUAAAAGUUUUGUCUGUGAAACAUUUUUAUGUAUCACACUAUUUCAUUGAUAUUUAUCUGAAAUCGAAUAUAAACGUUACCUUUGAAGGGUUUCACCCCUUAUAUCUCAGAUUGACCACAUGUAAAAAAAAUACGCCUCUUAGAUUUUUGUGUUUAACAACAUUUUAAGAAUCAAAUCGAUUCUAAAUAGUUGUGACAGAUCUCUUAUUAGAAAAACUCAAUUUCAUGUGUGCCUAAUCUACCGUAAUGCCAAAUCUACGUAAGAAUCUGUCAUUGAUCUUUCGAUACAUGGUGUAAGAAGGUGUAAUAUUGCGCAUAAUGUCGGAUGAAUAAAAUUUAAGACAAAUUUUUGAUUGGUGGUAAAUUUCUAAUAGCAAUAUUAGUUUUUAACAUUUUGAGCAAAUUUUUCAUUGAUUGAAAUGAAGUAACGGCUACGCAUUCUUGGAAUUGUUUCACCUGACUUUUUACAUGAUGUUUUGACACAUAAGAUAACGUGGGACACAGAUGCCAAGCCCUUUAACCUAUGUAUCCAACGUUUAUUAAUUUACACGAAGAUGAGAAUGAUCAUUUACUCUUGGACAUGGAUUCCUUAGUUCCUAGACGAAGCAGUUUUCUAACAAGUCACGGUUGUGAACCAGCCAAGAAGAAAUGUUUGCUCGGUGACGAAAAUGAGGAGAUUGACGGCACCGGAUGGUCCGACAAACCUAUCAGAAGCUGGUGUCAAGAGGAAACAAUAAAUUGGCUUAUGUCAGCUGCGGCGUAUAUCGGUCAACCUUACAGCUGCAUUCAGCACAGUCUCGCCGUGUCCGGGAAAGAAAUUGUUACUUUUACACGGGAAGAUUUUAUAAAUCAUGAUCCUGUGUAUGGGGAGCGAUUAUACAAUCUUCUCCAUUCGCAACGUAUAUCGAAUCUUUUGCCAGCAUUUGAUACCAUUCAGCCGCUAUCGCAGGAUGAGUACGCGCGCAAUAUAUCCGAUGCGGAAUCAGAUAAUAGCAUCGAAAUAGCAGCGACUAAGAGGUUGCCUGGCAGACCAAGGAUAUUAAAGACGAAGAAAAAUCCCGCCAGUCAAGGAAAAUUGUGGGAAUUUAUUAGAGAUUUACUACGUAACAGAGAAACAUGUCCAAGUUUAAUAUGUUGGGAAGACUAUUCACAAGCCAAAUUUCGCUUCGUAAAAAGCGAUGAAGUGGCAAAACGAUGGGGUUCACGGAAAGGAAAUACAAAAAUGACUUAUGAAAAACUUAGUCGAGCUAUGAGGUACUAUUACAAGAGCAAAAUAUUUCUACCAGUACUUGGUCGCAGAUUGGUAUAUCAGUUUGGACCAAAUGCAAAAGGAUGGCAAACGGAUAACCCGAAUUUCCGACAUUAAGACGAUGUCAAAAAAAUACAAGUUUGUAAUAUAACUAAGUGAGUGCAAAGCCAACAAAUUGUAAAAUCAAAUAUUUCGUAUAUUUGUCGAAAUCAUGUUGUAUUUUGAGUAUCGUCAAAUGUAGCUGUUUUUCAUAGCCAAAGAUACAAUAUAAUACAAUAAAUCUUAAAAAAAAUUUUUUUUCCUUGUCUUGGUUUCUGUAUCUUUGGCAUAAAUACUAUGUUAAGUGAUUUUAAAAGUGAAAUUGCGAGGAUCUUUUUGUAAAAAUAAAUAAGGAACGUCAUAAUUUUA